GCAGUAUUUACGAGCAGCAUGUUGGCGUGAGUGCAGUUAGCUUAGCUUGCCGUUGCUGAAACACGAAGCGCACACGCAGUCUUGGGUACAUUGUUUAAGCUUGACUGCAGUGAAACAGGGUCAAAAAGCGCUAAAAUGGCAAAUGACGGUUCGACGAAACUAUCUAAAAACCUCCUGCGGAUGAAGUUUAUGCAAAGAGGCCUUGAUGCAGAGGUAAAGAAACAGCUUGAGGAAGAAGAGAAGAGGAUUAUAAGUGAUGAGCACUGGUAUUUGGACCUGCCUGAACUUAAAGCCAAAGAAUGCUACAUUGUUGAAGAAAGAAGUUAUAUUCCAUGUGAAGACUUGGUUUAUGGAAGGAUGUCAUUUAAGGGAUUCAAUCCUGAUGUUGAGAAGCUGAUGGUUCUAAUGAACGUUCCAAAAGAGAGAGAGAAAGAUGAGGAGGAAGAUGACAUGACAAGAAUGGACACCGAUAUUACAGAUGAGGAUAUGGCUAGAAGAUAUGGAAGCUUGGUUGAGAGCAUGAAAAGAAGAUUUGCCAAGAAAAGGGAACGUUCCUCUCUCCAGGACAGUCUGGAAGAUGUCAACCGUAACGUUGUACCAUCACAGCCAAAGAAAACUUUCUUAAAGCCCAAGGACUGAUACAUUUUUAUUGUAUUAUAUACAGUGUACAAAGUGGUCCUUUUCAUACACAGAGGAUUUUAAAGAUGUACAGUUUUUUUUUGUUUGUUUACAUUCAUUUGUAGUAACAAAAGUGCUGUAAAAUGGCAGCAGAAACCUGGAUGUCAUACAUCCCUAUUUUUAAGUGAAAAGCACAUGUUAAAAGUUGUACAGUCUAAACAUUCUGAUGUGUGAGCUUCCUUUAGAUGAAUGUGCCACACAAUCACAGAUGGUUACAGUUAAAAUCUUAAAUCCAGUACACUUGAUUUUGAUUUAUGUAGGGUGCAUCUAUUGAACAGACUUGCAGUAUUUUCAUGGUUUGAUGUUGGAUGGUAGUGGUGUAUUGUUCUAACGUGAAUGAGAACAUGAUAAAAUUUAACAUUUACAUCA